GUCAGUCAUAGAUCGUCAUCAGUGGCAAUGAGUUUCUCUGGUAAAGUGGUGAUAGUGACGGGUGCCAGUUCUGGCAUCGGAGCUGCAGCUGCGGUCAUGUUCUGUAAAGAAGGCGCCAGCGUGGCGCUAGUCGGUAGGAAUGAGAAGAAAUUGAUGGAUGUCUCCAAGAAAUGUUCAAUAGUCGGUGGGAAGCAUAUCAUCAUUAAAGCUGACGUCUCGAACGAUGAAGACGCCAAGAGAAUUAUUAGCGAGACCAUAAUGAAAUUUGGUCAAUUAGAUGUGCUCGUCAAUAACGCUGGAAUCACUGGAUUUGCCAGUGUUCUUGAAGGAACUGUUCUUGAAACAUAUGACAAAAUUAUGAAAAUCAAUCUAUGGGCCGUCUAUGGGCCGCCGGCUGCACCGCAUCUCGUCAAAACCAAAGGAAAUAUUGUGAAUGUUUCUAGUAUAGUCAGCAGUAUGGUCGCAGAUAUAAAUGCCUCUGCAUACUGCUGUUCUAAAGCUGGAGUAAAUAUUUUCACUCAGAGCACCGCUGCGGAGCUGGCGUCUUUUGGCGUCAGAGUAAACGCUAUAAGUCCUGGACCUGUUGUAACUGAUAUUUAUGACAACGCUGGUGUUACACCUGAUGUUGUAUUCGAUAUAAAAACUCCACUCGGAAGAGUAUCCCAAUCCGAGGAGAUCGCCGACUUGAUUCUUUAUUUAGCUAGUGACAAAGCAAAAGGUAUCACUGGUUCAAACAUUGUCAGUGAUAAUGGCUGUAUGUUGCAUAUGCUUAAAUAAUGAAAUAACUAAUGUUUUAAGUUGAUUUUGUCUGAUUGGGAGGAAGAUUUUGAUUUGAACAUGUAAUAAUAUAAGAACCUAUAAUUAUUACAUUAAAUUAAAAAGUGUUGAUGAAAAUAUUUGAUUUGUGAGCCAGAUAAUAAUUUGUAACUAAUUUCCUCCAGCGAUAAUUUUUUACAUUAAAGUUAUCUCAUUAAGUCAGCUGCGGUUAUCAUCCAUGCUCUGUUUUUGUGACAUUCUUUCCGAUGAUAUUAUUAUUGGAUUGAUUUAUUUGGAUAUUUAAUUGAUCAAAUAUUUUAAUUUCAAUAUCGUCGAAGGGUCACAAAAGGGUGAAAACGUUUGUAUGACACUUUUUUGUUUUUGGACCUAUAUCGAUGAAAAUUGGAAUUUCAGUAGUUUUUAUGAGGUAUCAAAAUGUUGCCAUAGCAACCAUUGUUUACAAUUUGAUUUGUCAGUUUAAUAAAUAUAUCUCACAU